AUGAAGGACAACGGAGGCUCUCUGUGCCAGGUAGAGCAGCUGCCCUACCCCUGUGUCCCCCUGCCUGACCCAGGAAGUGCUGGGUGCCGUAUACAGGCUAAUAGACACCUCCACAACCACCACCUCAACCAUCAGCUCCAGUCCUGGGUGAGCCGACCAGCCCCAGACCUAACCUCAACCCCAACUCCAGCCUCCCGACACAGGGCCAAUGGGGUGGUGGGUGCCUGGUGCAGCAGCCCAGAGUGUCCAGCCUCCCGCCUGGAUGAAGUGACUGAUCAGGCCUUGAGAGGGGCAGGGAUGGGGACAGGCAGGGUGCUGGUGACCGGGGGAGCAGGGUAUUUCGGGUUGAGGCUGGGGAGAGCUCUGGUCAGCCAGGGAGUGUCUGUGGUGCUGCUGGAUCUUCACAAGCCACAGUGGGAUACUCCAGACGGUACUGUCUUCCAUCAGAGUGACAUCCGGGACUAUGAUUCUCUGUAUAAGAUCUGUGAGGGGGUCGACUGUAUAUUCCACACCGCUUCCUAUGGGAUGUCAGGCCCAGAACAGCUGAGGAAAGAGCAGGUGGAGUCGGUCAAUGUCGGAGGGACGAACAACGUCAUUAAUGUGUGUGUGGAGAAGGGCAUCACCAGGCUGGUCUACACCAGUACGAUCAACGUGACGUUUGCUGGAAAACCCAUAGAGGAGGGCGACGAGGACUCAUUGCCCUGUGUGCCCCUGGACAUGCACAUAGACCACUACUCCAGGACCAAAUCUAUCUCUGACCAGAUGGUCCUAACAGCCAAUGGACGCUCACUCAAAGGUGGGGGUCUCUUGCGGACCUGUGUUCUAAGACCCUCAGGCAUCUACGGGCCAGAAGAGAGACGACACCUACACAGGGUUAUGGUGAAUGUGGAGCGCCGGUUGUUCAGUUUUAGCUUUGGAAACCGCCAGGCCAAGAUGAACUGGGUCCAUGUGGACAACCUGGUGUUGGCCCACAUCCUGGCUGCUGAGAGCCUCACACCCAAGAGGAACUGUGUGGCUAGUGGACAGGCCUACUUCAUCAAUGACGGGGAAUCUGUCAACCUGUUUGAAUGGUUAACACCACUGUUUGAGAAGCUGGGGUACAGCCGACCGUUGAUACACUUGCCUGUCUCACUGGUCUAUUCAGCAGCCAUUCUGAUGGAAUGUUUACACCUGGCUCUGAGGCCAAUAGUGGAGAUCCCUCUGCUCUUCACCAGAAAUGAGGUGAGGAACAUUGCAGUGAGCCACACCUUCAAGAUCGAGAAGGCCCGUCGAGACCUGGGCUACUGCCCCAGACGCUACAGCCUGGGGGACUCAGUGGACCAGUACAUACGGUCCCGACCAUCCCGCUCCAGGCCCUCCCCCCUAGGCCCCUCUCGGACUGUUCCCCUGCUCCUGGUCCUCCUGCUGCUGUUGGGGUUCAGCCUGGCUGUCCUCCUACUUUGCUCCUGGCUCUGGGAUCACUAGGUAGCUACUGUGGCUAAAACUUAAGUAACAGCCCACUAA